UGCGUUCGUCGCUAGGAACGCUAGUAACACUAGUAGUCUUCCAGCCUGCAAAGUGGGUUAUGAAUGGCUGCGUUGUAAAAAUUUAUCGUACUAUAUCUAUUUGAUCCCAAGUUCUGACAAUGCCGGAAUUGACUGAAUUGGACAAAGCCACAGCAUCAAUGACUGAGCCUAGAGGAGAUGCCUCAGGAUCAGGCACUGAAUCAGAUUCGGAUGACACGAUACCAGAGCUUGAGGAGCCCGGAACUGGCCAGACUGCUGGCGUAUUUCCAGGAGCUUCUGCAACUGGGCUGCCCAUAGAUAUGGUCAGCAAAGCUAAGCAGAGCCGUGGUGAGAAGAAAGCCCGAAAGAUUAUGUCAAAAUUGGGACUCAAACCGGUGCAGGGUGUGAGUAGGGUCACCAUUCGCAAGUCAAAAAAUAUACUGUUUGUUAUUAACAAACCAGAUGUAUACAAGAACCCAGCGUCAGACACGUACAUAGUGUUUGGAGAAGCCAAGAUUGAAGACUUGAAUCAACAAGCUCAGGUGGCAGCAGCAGAGAAAUUCAAGGCCCCAGAAGUUUCACCAGCAGCUGAGGCAGGAGGCAGCACAACGGUUGUUGCACCAAUUCAGGAAGAAUCAGAGGAGGAGGAUGUUGAUGAAACUGGUGUUGAGGAGAAGGAUGUGGAUCUUGUAAUGUCACAGGCAAAUGUAAGCCGUGGGAAGGCCAUCAAGGCGCUUAAAAACAACCAGAAUGACAUUGUCAAUGCUAUUAUGGAAUUGACAAUGCCAUGAACCAGCCAUUGGCCACUGUGCGUUGGAUCUCGAAGAUUUGCCGUUGUGGUUGACAGUUCUUCUCAGUUUCAUACAUACAUUGUGUGUUAUUUUUCAUUAUUAUUUAACAAAUAGCCAAUCCAAUUUCUUUCACAAAUGUACAUAUAUGAAGUAAAAGUUUUACUAAAAUG